GUUGGUAUCUUGCUAUGCACCCGGUCUAUCAAUUCAUCUCCAGACACCAACGUCCGUUUGUAGCGCACCAUGGCAAAGGACAAACUAUCCGCAAACCCCGUACAAGCCCAGCGCAAAGCCGACAAAGCCAAGGCUCUUAAAAAAGGCAAAGCACAGCUGCAGACGCAACGUAAUGAGAAGCUUGCGCGGCGAAAUCCAGAACGUCUACAGCGUCAAAUCGAUGAUUUAAGACAAGCUGAGGCUACAGGGAGCCUACGGCCAAAAGAUAGAGAGACACUGUCGCAACUCGAAAAGGAUCUCAGAGCUGUAAAUAAGGCUAGAGAAGUUCUCGGCGACAAGGCACCUCAUUUCCGGCGGCAUGAUAGCGAUGAUAGAGGCGAAAGGGGACGUGGAAGAGGCGGACGAGGCGGUGCUGUGCUGGGAAAGAGGAGGAGAGACGGCAGUAGGGGCAGCGAGAGCAGCGAGACGGACGAAGAUGUCAGAGAUAUACCCAUGCCACGAGAUACGCCCCCUCCCGUCCCUAGACCGAAUCGCAACAGACACGCGACUGGUGCGAACCAGAUCGAAGUUGAGUCAGGUAUUCGGGAGCCACAUGCAUUACCUGCUAAACCCCAGAUCGAGGCGAAGACUACAUACUCUGCUGCCCCAGUUGUGCGAGAUUUGAGAAAGGAAGCUGUUAGCAAAUUCAUACCAUCAUCAGUCAGGAAUAAGCCAAAAGUGAAAACUGCGACUAAAGAUACCGUGGAAGGAGACCCUGAACCGGUUGUGGAGGUAGCAGCAGAAGGAGUUGGGCAUAGAGCGAUGAUAGCGGAACAAAAUGCGAUACCCCAUGGAACAGAAAGGGACCCAAAUGUAGGGGUAGUAGAUUUACAGGCGGAGGAAGAACGGUUUGUGAGAGAAAUGAGACAGGUGGAAAUGGAAGAGGUGCUGGAUGAGGAACUCUGACGAUGCUUUUAUGCAACAUGAUAAGCAAAGGACGGUAUGAUUGAGUAUAACAAAAUUUAUCAAAGGCUCUUAAUCACUAGGCUAUUCAAUAACUUCAGAUAAGUGCUUGGCCCUC